GUAAAAUAUAUCCAGUAGAAGGAUAACCAUCUGGCCAGUGUCAUUACCUGACUUAUAAUUGUUUUUCGUUUUGUUUGCAUUUGUCAUCAGGGAAAAUAAAUUAUUCUCUGAAUAACAGUUGCAGAACAUAAGCUUAUACGGAAUAAAUAACACUAAGUUGGUCAUUUCAAAGAUUAAUAAAGUAUGGAUUUUUAAUGUAUUUUUCAGAUUUAAGUCUACAAUAUUUGAAUGCGGUCUUGGAGUAUCUCGUAUGCCCAAGUACAUCUCUUUAGUAACGAAAACGUGUGAAACUCCACUAAAUAUACUCCGAGUGAAGAAUGUCAAAACUGGAAGCAUACAAAAACCGAUUUGCUGUCUGUCUUUCGCCGUUAUACUUUAAUUACAGUCGUGCAUAUGAACUUGCGGAAUGGAUUGAACUGAAUAGAAUACUUGGAGCCGAGAAGUUCGUGGUUUACAACAUCUCUACUUCCACCAAUGUAGAUCAAGUGCUUGGAUAUUAUUCAAGACAAGGCUUAGUAAACGUUGUGCAAUGGCAGUUACCUAUGAGGGUCAGCACAUAUCCGAAGUCAAAGGAACCAGCGGAAAUCCAUUACUUUGGCCAAACAGCUGCUUUGAAUGAUUGUUUGUUUCGAAAACCGCUGGAGAAGGAUAAAGAAGAUAAGACUGUAACAGUUGCAGCAGAAAUGGAUUAAACCAGUGUAAUUGUUACUUACAGUAACACACCUGAGACAUUUAAAGAAAAAAGAAAUAAACCAGUGCAGGCAAAAAUACAACUGAUAGGAAACCAUGGUCAGCCUUUGAAAAGGAAGCGUUAGCUUGUAAUAUUUUUGCUUUGGAUAAACUACCGGGGGAGAAAGAAAUAGAAACCGCUAAAAAGAAACGAGCCAGUCUUGGGUGAAAGGCCAUGGACUCAUAUCAAGUUAUUCAUCAAAAACACAAAACAAUCAAUUGGUAGGAAUGCAGUAAAAAGAUCUCCAGCAGUUCAAUUGUUUUCCCCUUCUGGAAGAGGAUGAUUCAAUGUUGUUUUAGCGUUGUCUGUCCAACCUUCUGUCCGUCAUAUCUAAGACAUUGUAUC